AGCAUACAUGCUGGAGACACAGUUUAGUUGUUAGUCGCGUGACAGCUUCCUUUUAGACAGGGAAACGUAUUAAUAUCACACGCCUUUCGAACGCUGACCGAAAGUGAACGCACCAAUGGGUAGUCCUCUUUCGUUGACGUGCUUGGCGUGAGGAUCACUGUUACAGUGUGGAAAAUGAAUAUACAACAAAGAACGUCCUUUGCCCGACGGCGUCGAGGCCUUGGAGCGCUGCCCAGCGGACCCGUCGCCUUGAAGCUCCUGGUUGUCUGCCUUGCGACUGUUGGAGUUAGCUUAUGGGGAGUUUGGACUAUGGGCCCUUAUUUGUUUGGCCGACAACGGUCCAUGCCUUCCGUAGCAGCGGAAUACUCGCAGCAGGAGGAGCCCUUAAUGGUGGGCUUGCAGACACAGACACGGGGCCUUCUAAAUCUGGAUGCUGGCGACGGGACAAAGUACCUCAUGGUGCAAUGCCAUCGCGGCCAGUUCUCCAACAGGCUUUCGUGCCUACAGAGGGGCGUGCUUCUGGCCAGGGCACUGCAACGUGUUUUGGUUCUGCCCAUUUUCACAGACGCGGCUCCUGCAGUUGACGUUUCCAAAUAUGUCAGCUUGGAGUGCUUCAGGCGGAACUCCCAGGCCGUGACCUUUCGUGAGUUCCGAGAGCGCUUAUGCCACGGUGUGGGACUGGAGGUGCCCUCCCUGGAUGCUUACAGCUUCAUCCCGCGCAACGCCUCGCUGGACAGCAGCAGCAGCAGCAGCGACAGUGACAGCAGCACGCUUGGAGACAGCAGCAGCACACGCGACAGCAACGGUGAUGCUGGCGGCGGCAGCGGCUUGGUUUAUGCAAGUGGCGGCGACGGCAACGGUAGCAGGAGUGAUGGCGGCGGUACGGCACGCAGCAGCAAGCGCGGCGGCUCCUUCUGCGAGGAUGGCGCCAUGCUGCAGCUGGAGAGCGGCUACAGCCUUGCAGACUACCGCGGCUACACCUGCUGGGCCCGCCGCGAGGACAUCACCAACGCGCGCGACCUGGGUGUGGAGAUCAAGCGCUGCACGCACGUCCCGCCCGCCGACACCUCCUCCUCCGCCACCCGCUACAACCUGGACGACAUCCUGGCGCACUUUGCGCACCGCCCCGAGAAGGUGCUGCUGUUCCUGGACCUCUUCGGCGUGGACCUCAUCAACUCGGUGGACGAGCUGGCGCGCACGGUUUCGGAGCCGGGGCAGAUGUGCGGCUGGAUGCCCACCGAGCGAGCAGCGGCGGCAGCGGAUGCGGUGAUGCAGUUCCUGGUUCCCCCGCCGGUGGGGGCUGCUGCGGGCGGUUCAGCAGCUGCGGCGGCGGAGGGCGUGGCGGUGGCGUUGAUGGGUUUCGGAUCUGCUGCUGCCUCGGCAGCUGCUGUGUCGAGCGUGAAUGGCAUGUACGGCAUCGGCAACACGGCGACGGUGGGAGCGGAGGCAGCAAGCGGGCGCCGCAACGUCCUCCUCUCCUCCUCCUCCUCCGGCUCCUCCGCCUUGUCUGCGUCCGCACAGCAAUCAGGUGCCGACCUCGUCGCCUCCUCCUCCUUGUCUUCAUCCGAGCAGUCCUCUGCAGAAGACCACCCGCCGCCGCUACGUCUGCGUGGGGCAAGGAGCUACGUUGCCGUACACCUGCGUCGCUCCGACUGGUUCUACUACUGCGCUGGCUCGCGGCGCUGCUUCUACAGCAUGACCGAAGCCGGCGCCUGGCUGAACGCCACGCUCGCCGCUCGCGGCAUGGACACGUUGUACGUCUCCACCAAUGCGGACGCGCGCGAAAAGGAGAUGCUGCGGCGUGCGGUGUCGGGCAAUGUGCUGUACUGGGAGGACGUGUUGGUGCAGCUGCGGCGCUGGCAGAAGGAAGCGGCGGCAGCGGCGGGUACUUCGCUCGACUCUUCUACCGCCACGUCGGCAUCCUCCGCGGCAGUCGCCGCCGCUUACUUGGCUGCUGGGGGUGCGCCUCCUGGCUGGCUGGCGUCGCUGCCCCUGGAUGAUGACCUGAUGGUCCAGAUGGUGGAGAAGGCCAUCUGCAUGCAGGCCAAGGACUUUGUGUCCUCCAAGAGCUCCACAUUUAGCAACCAGAUCCGCAGCUUCCGAAACAGCGGUCUGGAGUACAUGGAGCUGGAGGCGCUGGUGCGGAAGUUUGGUGCCGCUGCGUUGCCGCCGGCUGCGACAGAGGCCGCAGCGGGCGGGGCGGUGGUGGUUGCGCCGCCGCCGCUGUCGCCGCCGCCGACGGCGGCGUCGCCGCCUUACGAGCCCGCUACCUUCCUUUGCGACGCCGCGGCACCGUCAUACCCUGACCUUCACCGCCUUCCUGACUUUCAAAACCCAAACCUCUUCCUCGAGCAGGCGCGUGGGUUCUUUGCUCAAUUGAAGCAAAAGCUGCUCGACUCCUGGCGGCGCCGGGGGCAUGGGGACAGCGACAGCACCACCACAACCCCUGCUUCCCUGUCUCCUUGCGAGCAGCCCAGCCUUUCCAAGCUGCUGCAGGCGCCUUGGCGCGUGCUGCAGCGCUUCGUGCUGGUCAUCGAGGACAUGCAUGCCAUGGCCGCCGCCAACCGCUUUGUGGAGAUGUACACGGGCGGUGCGGUGGUGGGGCUGCUGCUGGAGGGGCGGCAGCGGGCCUCCCCCGCGGCGGUGGCGGAGUGUGUGUCGGCUGCUGCGGCGGCUGCGGGCGCCCAGGCGCUGCAUGUGGCGCUGGUGGGGGUGCCGGCGGACCAGCAGGUGCUGCUGAUGCAGGCGCUGGAGGCGCGGCGGGAGCAGCUGUGGCAGGUCACGAGGAUGGGCGGGGCGCAGCAGGAGCGCGGCAGCACCUUUACUCUGCUGUGGCGCGGGGACGGGCUGGGUCGCCGCGCCGAGCCCGCCCUGCUGGAGGAGCUGCCCACCUUCCUGGAGCGCACCGACCUCUACGUGCUGGCCAAGAUGCGGGUGCUGCUGGGGGACCCGGCGGGCACGGUGUUUCGGCAGGUGCAGGCCACUCGGGAGCUGUUUGGGUUUACCGACCCACGGGACGGUGCGUGCGCUCCAGAGCAGUUGCGGGGGGUGGCGGUGGCGUGAGCGAGCGGGGUUUGGUUGCUGUUGUUUUGUGGAUGAUGUGGGUGGUUUGGAGUACUCGCUCGUGGCAGUGUUUGAUACGAUGUGUAUUGUCGUGGUCCUAUCGGAAGGGGCGGUUGGGAUUCGUCGUGGUUUGGGCUCUCGUACAAUCAUGGGGAAUAUGUUGCUGGCGCGUGUUAUUGGCUUAUCUGUAUUGAAGGGAUGAGGUUGACCUAAGCGGUAUUGCGGACCACGACUUGCAAGUUGGGCAAGUUGGGCAAGCGCGGAGGGAUGGGAGGUGUAGGCGCGGGAAGGAGGACGGAUCGUAACUCGUAAGGGUUUGCCGCGAGCCCUUAUUUCCUAGCUGUGAGCGUGCAAUACACUAGCUGAUUGGAGCUUCACUUGUAGCUGUGAGUGCUAAGUCGCAUGCAUAAAGGGUGGACGGAUAGGGGACCGUAGGGAACCGCGUUUGUGCCAUGGGGCGUUCGCCUCGUCCUGCGUGCUUUUGUUGCAUCGAUGUGCGCGGUCAAACCAUGCAAAGCCGCUGGUCAACGCCCUUUGUGCAUGUUGCAGCGAGCGAUUUCGCUCUUACGAGGAGGUGGGGGAAGGGCGGGGCCGGCUCGGCCCAACGUUCGGGGCUGCAGGGUGGAAUGAAUCCAUGCAGCCCCCUAACCCUUUCUUCGGUCGAGGCGAAUAGGCAUGUGCCGAUCCCACUUGCUCUCGGGGCAUAUGUCAUCAUUACCGGGGCGCUUUAUAUUUUUUGCCGUGGGUGGGCUGCUCACUCGAAUCUCAUUGGCUCAUUGAGCGAAUCGGGUCGGUCGGUUGGUAGUUGUGUUCGUCAUCCUCUUCCACGUGUCGAGGCGAGCAUGUGCAUUGCCCGUACUUACUAUUUACCCUCGUUGCCAGGAAGGGCCGAGGCGGCGCGUGGGGUUCGCCCGUCUGAGGCUCGUCUCCUUGUUUCGAUGGCGGUAUUUGAGUUUAUUGGGGUCUUCAUUGUCGCGCCCGCGUGCCAUGUGUAAUGGUGUUUGUUGUUGUUAUUGUGAAAUCACGUUUUGUGAAUUGUGUCGUAACUUAAGUAGCUUAUAACCCGUAAGGCCCUCUCCGUAGCGCCUUAAUUGUUCAAGGGUACUUAACUGUUCAUGGGUAGUUCUUUGCUGUAUCUUUCGCUGUGUUGUUUUGUGAAGUGUUUUUUUCAAAACUGUGUGUAUCAGGAAUAGGUGCACGCGGUAACCUUAUUAACAGUGUUUUGCUGGUAGCGUGUUGAGUGCAACUAUGGGUGUGUCUUCGGUGUUCUGGUGCACAGCUUGACGUGCCGUGCUGUUCCCAUCUAGGGAACCCCACUAGAGUACUUGUCAGCUGCAGCCGGCUUGGCUGGCUAGCUGGCCUUCCGGUGCGCUAGAGGGGUAACUGAUGCCUGCGGUGCAAGCUGCAGCCCCUGCCCGCUUUGGGUCGUGACAUGCCGUACUCCUCUACUUCACUUCCCGGUGCACGAUGCCUAUCUGCACACCCCGUGGCAUAAGCCCCUUUGCCGCCCGGGUGUGCGGCCCCUUGCUGCCGCCCGUUGUGGCCUCCGGAGGAGGACGAGGAGGAGGGGCGCUGUGUUUGCAAACAUGUGUUGCCCCUUGUGUUGAUGCUGUGUCGGGCUGUCGAAUGCCGUUGGUCGGUGGUGGUGUGUGAUGCUGGGGUGGUGCGGAUGGUGGUGGUUGGGAGGCUGUGUGUGCCGUGCGACGCGCAAUGUUUUAUGGUUGAGUGUGCUAGGGCGGAGGGCUGAGGUCGUGUCGCCUAUGACAUUUGGGUGAGAGGGUGAGGGGCUUGGGGGGUUAGCGGAUUGUGAGCUGAAGCCGAAGUUCAUCAAUCUUGGUUGCACCCCUUCCAUACAGAGAGUGUAGAGCAGCACUGUGGAGGGAGUUGCGGGACACGUACGUUCCCAUGUAGGAGUGAUGAGAGGGUGUGAUGUCGCUUAUGGUUGUAUGCCGCCUGCGUGCAACACACGGAGCCCGCUUGCGCUCGCAGGAUUGGGUUUUCCUUUCUGCGGCUUGGAACCGCUACAAAACUUCGCAACAAUGAAAGCCGCGUGCCCCUUCACUGUAUCUGCCCCUCUGCACUGUAUUUCUGUUGCUUUGGGUGCUGAAGACGGACUGAGGGGUCGGCGGGAGCGGGCGCUUAUGGAGUGAUGGCAUAUGUCAGGUUUGUUGCGCUAUGACUGUGUGUUUAUCGCACACGUUGGGUGGUAUAGCGCGUUGUGUGACACUCCCCAACCCUUUACCCGCUCGCGCUUUGUGCGUCGGUCUGCCUUUGCCUUGAGAGAACCUUAUUACAGUACACCAGAUGGUUGGCUUGUUUGUCGUCAGUUUGUUUUGCAGUUGUGGUUCCACUGUUCGUUCGUAGGGUGAUUUUGUGUGCGUCGUUUGCGUUGCACUUUAAAAGAAGAGCAUGGCCUAUAGGAUAGACAACAUGUUGUGCGGGGGAGCUUCGUUCGGCAAGUUGAGCUUAGCUUAGCUCUGCUCUCUCCUAAGGAAACAGUGUGAUGAGCUGCUCGUAAACCAUGCUGAAGUCUUCCCUAAUUAGGGUGAUGUAGUGGUGGUGUAAAUUGAGUGUGUGGCUUUAUGUCAUGCUCCUUGGCAUGCUGCCGCUGUCUUUGUGCCAUUCGCGGCGGCAGCUGGGGUUUGUCGUUUACACCACAUCCUGCAAAAUGCUGUUAGCGGUGCACAGAGGUAGCCGCCCCCAUCAAUUGGGCUCAUGAGGGUCGUGGAGUGGUGGUUUAUUCGGUUGUGGCGGACCUGUGGUGCUGUACAAUGGCUAGCGCAGUACAGCCUGGUACGACAAGAAGCAUCCUAGAUAAGAUCGAUCGGUACGGCACGAGAACAGGGUAGAUGUUAUGCUCGAGCAAGCAAGUAGAUGGUUCUUCGCUGCUGCCGUUGCAGCCCUUGUUGCAUGACUUGCUCUGCUUUGCAUAAACGCACGUAGUUCUGGAAUGGGUUUGUCGUGAAGCGUGUAUUUAUAUUUGAGAGGCCGGUUUCAAGUUGUGUAGCUUUUCCCCAUGUCCCAAGGAACGCCGAGCUGCUGAAUCCCAAUCGGACCGUGUCCCGUAUGCGUGUUUCUUCUUUAUCCGGCGAGUAAUGCAAAAAAUGAAUUGCAAGGGGCGCGGGUAAGGGCGGACUAUGCCCUCCUGGUUAUGCUUGGUGAGAGUUGGGGGCAAAACUUGGUUGAAGUGGUUAAGGCUUGCAUUUGUCGUUUGCUUGCUGGCCAGCUAGCUAGCGUGCCGCAAGCGGCAUCUGCCUCGUCGCAUUCGCUGUCUUGUCGUGGUCGCAUUUCAUCCUCUACAAGUGCGGCCCGGAACGGGUCAUGUUGAGCGA